AUGCUGGACAUCUUUGCCGCUGCCGGGCAUCAUCAAUACGCUAAGGGCGCACGACUGUAUUGUCAGCUGAUGAAGCAACUGCAAGCUACGCCAAGAUUCAUAGAGAUCUUCGAAAGGUUCACUGUCUACGGCAACCACGUUGUCCGGUACUCUUGUCAUGAUUGGUCUGGCACCUGGACUGACAUCUGUAUUGAGCAGACACUGAUGAAGGCGGCAAAGUCGGAAGGUUGGUUGAGCAGAGGGAGGGUGAAGAAUCACUAGUGAUUCUGGUCACAAUUGCUGGGUGCAAACACUCAAUCACUUCUCUGAUCUGAACCAGCGCAUGGAGGAAAGUGUCAAGAAACAUGGUCCACUCCACAAAAACCUCACAAAGACCUCACCAAAACGCGGAUGGAGCGGAAUGCUGAAGCGAUUGCACUUGUUCUCAAAUUGUUCGAUGAGAACAACUCCUUCGACCACGAUCGGGACAAUAAGUUGCUUGUGUCGUUUUCAACUGGAUUUACAAGCAAAGCAGGUGACGCAGUCAACGCUGAAAGAGCAUUUGAAGUAGGGAGGGAGAUGCAGAUAAAGCUGAACGGCAGUCAGUAA